AUGCCGACCGACGAAAGUCACGGCGUCCCGGAUGCUGCGCUGGAGCAGAAGAUCUCCAAUUCCUACCGGGAGAAUCUCCCGCUGGUCGUGUCCGAGGAAGAGGCCUUGACGCAUGCGCGGGCGCGUCCCAACGAGGCGCUGCCUCUCUUGCUCACUUUCGGGAAUGGCGACGGUGACAAUCCGCGGUGCUGGUCGAAGAUGCGGAAAUGGUAUAUCACCUUGUUCGUCAGCAUGCUGAAUGUGCUCACAUGCUGGUGUGCCGGAAGUAUCUCGUCCGGAGCCCCUGCCAUCGCGGAGGAAUUCGGCGUCUCGUCGGAAGUCACCACGCUCUGUCUCUCGCUAUACGUUCUCGGAUAUGCAGUUGGUCCGGUGCUGCUCGCUCCGCUAUCCGAAUACUUCGGCCGUCAGCCCGUCUACGUCAUCUCCUGGUUCCUGUUGUGCCUCUUCCAGAUGCCCAUCGCCCUGGCCCCGAACAUCGGUACCGUGCUUGUCUGUCGAUUCCUGGCCGGUCUCGCAGGUGGUGCUCCUCUGACCAACACCGGUGGAUCGAUCAGUGAUAUCUGGGAGCGGAAUUCCAGCGGUGGCCCGAUGGCUGUGUACGGAUUGAGCAGCACGUUUGGUCCGCCCACCGCGUUGGUUAUGAGUGGUUUUAUCGGUCGCAAUGCAGGCUGGCGGUGGAUCUUCUGGACCCUGAUGGCCAUCACUGGCGGGUUCUGGAUUUUGCUGGUCACGACGGUGCCGGAGACGCGACACACGAUCAUCCUGCAGCGCAAGACCAAGCGAUUGUCCAAGCAGAUGCGCCAGGAGAACCUGCAAUCGGCAGACUCGGUGACCGACGCAGCUGCCGGCGGUCGCAAGGGCCUGCACGAGCUGUUUGGCAUCACACUGACGCGUCCGUUCCGGUUUCUCAUCACUGAGCCCAUCACGCUCUUCUCGGCCUUGUACAACGGCUUCCUCUACGGCCUCGUCUACCUCUUCAACGAAGCCUUCCCCCUUGUCUUCGGCGACGGUCACGACUUCGACGUCGGCCAGCAAGGUCUGGCUUUCCUCGGCAUGGCUAUCGGCCCCAUCAUCGCCUUCUGCUUCUACCCCCUCCAGGAACGGUACUAUCUGCGACGCGUGGCCGAGAACGGCGGUCGCGGCGUGCCCGAAGCACGCAUGUGGAUGGCGCGUCUCGGAGCUAUCUUCAUCCCUGCCAGUCUGUUCUGGUUUGGCUGGACCAGCUAUCCUUCGGUGCACUGGGUCGUUCCCAUCGUGGCCUCCGCUUUCUUCGGUGCGGGUAUCUACAUCGUCAUCCUGAGUAUUCUGAACUACGUCGUGGAUAGCUACCAGACCUAUUCUGCGUCUGCGCUGGCGGGUGUGAUUCUGGCGCGUAACCUCGUCGGCGCUGGGUUUCCCCUGUUCGCUACCCAGAUGUAUAAUCGGUUAGGAUGGGAGUGGGCGUCCAGUUUGCUGGGUUUCUUGGCUAUCUUGCUCGUGCCGAUUCCGUUUAUUUUCUUUUACAUGGGUCGCGCGAUUCGGUUGAGGAGCCCGUGGGCUAGAGAGCAUUUCGAUCAGGAUGAGGAUCAUCCUCAUUGAUGGC